UCUGUGGCAAACCAGAACUGAAGUCACAUGCACCAGUUUCUAUCUGGUUUCUAUUGGCCGUUCAUCCAUUGAUGACAGAAUAAUUUGAUUUUAAUUUGAUUGUGGUACUAGUUUCUGCUUAGUAGCAGCUCAAUACUGCUGCUACAGGGGUCCUGUGAUAAAUACCUGGACAACACAGCUGUUGAUCAAUACUGCUGCUACAGGGGUCCUGUGAUAAAUACCUGGACAACACAGAUGUUGUUGAAGAAAAAGUGAACUUUGGAAAUAAAGCUGCACCUCUUGAAUGUUGAGAGUUAUUUGAGAAAGGGGACAGUGCUCUAAGUGACUCUGGGGAGAGAGAGGAGGGGAGCCCUGCCUCUAAAAUGAGUUUCUCUGGGGAGAGAAAGAAGGGGGGCCCUGCCUCUAAAAUGAGUCUCUCUGGAGCUAGAAAGAAGGGGGGCCCUGCCUCUAAAAUGAGUCUCUCUGGGGAACAUGACACCAAAGCUAUGAGACCAAUCCAGCAGGAGAGACCAGCCUCCCCUGUUCCCAGCUGUGUGUCCAUGAAGAGUGACCAGUCUAUGGAACAUCCUUUACAGUUUAGAAAGGGAGACUUUUCUACUGAACAAAGACCAAUCCAGCAGGAGAGACCAGCCUCCCCUGUUCCCAGCUGUGUGUCCAUGAAGAGUGACCGGUCUAUGAAUCAACCUCUAAACUUUAGAGAGGGAGACUUUUCUACUGAACAAAGACCAAUCCAGCAGGAGAGACCAGCCUCCCCUGUUCCCAGCUGUGUGUCCAUGAAGAGUGACCGGUCUAUGAAUCAACCUCUAUACUUUAGAGAGGGAGACAUUUCUACUGAACAAAGACCAAUCCAGCAGGAGAGACCAGCCUCCCCUGUUCCCAGCUGUGUGUCCAUGAAGAGUCACCAGUCUAUGGAUCCUCCUCUAUACUUUGGAGAGGGAGACUUUUCUACUGAACAAAGAAACCAACAGGAGAGAUCAGAGUCAGAGAUUCUCAGUGGUCAGUCUUCCCAGAGUCAUCAAACAGACCUGGACUCCAUAUUCAGUUUGCUUGAAGAGAAAAUGAUGACAUUUAUGAAGAACGAGCUGAAGAUGUUCAAGAGGAUUCUUAGUCCAGCACUCCCAGAAGGCUUUGAGAGUCAGAAGCAGGAUAAGGAAGUGGUGGAUGCUGAAGAUGAGAAGCAGGAGAGCAGUGCCAGAGAGGGGGCUCUGAAGAUCACACUGCACAUCCUGAGGAAAAUGAACCAGAAGGAGCUUGCUGACACACUGGAGAAAUAUUCAGAUGAGCUUGCUGUGAUUUGCCAACGUGAACUCAAAUCUAAUCUCAAGAAGAAGUUUCAAUGUGUAUUUGAGGGGAUCGCUAAACAAGGAAACCCAACACUUCUCAAUAAGAUCUACACAGAGCUCUACAUCACAGAGGGUGGAACAGGAGAGGUCAAUAAUGAACAUGAGCUGAGACAGAUUGAGACAACAACCAGGAAACAAGCAAGACCAGAGACUGCAAUCAAAUGUAACGACAUCUUCAAACCCUUAACUGGACAAGACAAACCUAUCAGAACUGUGCUGACAAAGGGAGUCGCUGGCAUUGGAAAAACAGUCUCUGUGCAGAAGUUCAUUCUGGACUGGGCUGAAGGAAAAGCAAAUCAGGAUGUCCAAUUUGUAUUUUCAUUCCCUUUCCGGGAGCUGAAUUUGAUGAAAGAGGACAAACACACUUUCAUUGAACUUCUCAAUCACUUCUCAAUGGAAACCAAACAAUCAGGAAUCUCCAUCAACAACAAGUACAAAGUUCUGUUCAUCUUUGAUGGUCUGGAUGAGUGCCGACUGCCCCUAGACUUCCAGAAGAACAAGAUCUGUUGGGACGUCACAGAGUCAACCUCAGUGGAUGUUCUGCUUACAAAUCUCAUCAAGGGAAAUCUGCUUCCCUCUGCUCUCCUCUGGAUAACUACCCGACCUGCAGCAGCCAAUAAGAUCCCUUCAUGGUGUGUUGACCAGGUGACAGAGGUACGAGGGUUCAAUGACCCACAGAAGGAGGAGUACUUCAGGAAGAGAUUCAGUGAUGAGGACCUGGCCAGCAGAAUCAUCUCACACAUAAAGACAUCAAGGAGCCUCCACAUCAUGUGCCACAUUCCAGUCUUCUGUUGGAUUUCUGCAACAGUCCUUGAACACAUGCUGAAACAUAAGAGAGAAGUGAUGCCCAAGACUCUGACUGAGAUGUACACACACCUUGUGGUGUUUCAUACCAAACAGAAGAAUGAAAAGUAUCUUGGGAAAGAAGAGACAGGUCCACACUGGAAUAAAGAGAGCAUUCUGUCACUGGGAAAACUGGCUUUUCAACAGCUUGUGAAGGGCAAUCUGAUUUUCUAUGAAGAAGACCUGAAAGAGUCUGGCAUUGAUGUCAAUGAAGCCUCAGUGUACUCAGGAUUGUGCACACAGCUCUUUAAAGAGGAAUGUGGGCUGUACCAGGACAAGGUGUACUGCUUCGUACAUCUGAGCAUUCAGGAGUUUCUGGCUGCUGUAUAUGUGUUCCUCUCAUUCAUCAACAACAAUGAGAAUCUAAUGGACAAACUGCAAACAAAAGACGAGUCUGUAGUUACUUUCUACAAGAGUGCUGUGGAUAAAGCCUUACAAAGUGAGACGGGAAACCUGGACCUUUUCCUCCGCUUCCUUCUGGGCCUCUCACUGGAGUCCAAUCAGAAGCACUUACGAGGUCUACUGACAAAGUCAAGAAGCAGCUCACAGAGCCAUGAAGAAACAGUCAAGUACAUCAAGAAGAAGAUCGGGGAGGAUCUCUCUCCAGAGAGGAGCAUCAAUCUGUUCCACUGUCUGAAUGAACUGAAUGACCAUUCUCUAGUGGAGGAGAUCCAAAGCUACCUGAGCUCAGGAAGUCUCUCAAAACCCAACCUGUCACCUGCACAGUGGUCAGCUCUGGUCUUUGUGUUGCUGACUUCAGAAAAGGAGCUGGAUGUGUUUGACCUGAAGAAAUACUCCAGAUCAGAGGAAGGUCUUCUGAGGCUGCUGCCAGUGGUCAAAGCCUCCAGAGCUGCUCUGCUGUCAGGCUGUGGAGUCACAGAGGAAGGCUGUGCUUCACUGGUCUCAGCUCUGAGGUCAAACCCCUCACACCUGAGAGAGCUGGAUCUGAGUAACAAUGACCUGAAGGAUUCAGGAGUGGAGCUGCUCUCUGCUAGACUGGGGAAUCCCCACUGUAAACUGGACACUCUGAGGCUGUUAGGCUGUCUAGUCACAGAGGAAGGCUGUGCUUAUCUGGUCUCAGCUCUGAGGUCAAACCCCUCACACCUGAGAGAGCUGGAUCUGAGUAACAAUGACCUGAAAGAUUCAGGAGUGAAGUUGCUCUCUGAUGGACUUGGGAAUCCCCACUGUAAACUGGAGACUCUGAGGCUGUUAGGCUGUCUAGUCACAGAGGAAGGCUGUGCUUCUCUGGUCUCAGCUCUGAGGUCAAACCUCUCACACCUGAGAGAGCUGGAUCUGAGUAACAAUGACCUGAAGGAUUCAGGAGUGGAGCUGCUCUCUGCUGGACUGGAGAAUCCCCACUGUAAACUGGAGACUCUGAGGCUGUCAGGCUGUCUAGUCACAGAGGAAGGCUGUGCUUCUCUGGUCUCAGCUCUGAGGUCAAACCCCUCACACCUGAGAGAGCUGGACCUGAGCUACAAUCACCCAGGAGACUCAGGAGUCAGACUGCUCUCUGCUGGACUGGAGGAUCCACACUGCAGACUGGAGAAACUCAAUGUGGAACAUGGUGGAGAGAACAGAAUGAAACCUGGGCUUAGAAAAUAUGUCUGUGAUCUCACACUGGAUCCAAACACAGUAAACAGACACCUCUCUCUGUCUGAGGAGAACAGAAAGGUGACAUGGAGGACAGAGGAGCAGCCGUAUCCUGAUCACCCAGAGAGAUUUGAGGUCUGGGGACAGGUGCUGUGUAGAGAGGGUCUGACUGGGCGCUGUUACUGGGAGGUAGAGUGGAGUGGGAGUGGGGCUGAUAUAGCAGUGACAUAUAAAGGAAUCAACAGGAGUGGAGGGGGUAAUGACUGUGUGAUUGGAUUAAAUGACAAGUCCUGGACUCUGUUCUGCUCUGACAACAGUUACACUGCCUGGCACAAUGAUAAUACCACUACCAUAGACGUCCCCUCCUCCAGCUCCCACAGAGUAGGAGUGUAUCUGGACUGGCCAGCCGGCACUCUGUCCUUCUAUAGAGCCUCCUCUGACACACUGGCCCACCUGAUCACAUUCACCUCCACAUUCACUGAGCCACUCUAUCCAGGGUUUGGGGUUUAUUAUGAUGGCAACUCAGUGUCACUUUAAACAAUAACACACAAAGAACACAAACACUGGACGGACACACACACACACACACACACACACACACUGGACACACACACAUACUGGACACACACAACCAGGACACACACACACAGGACACAAAAACACUGGACGGAGACACACACACACAAACACACACACACACACACACACAGGACAUAUACACAGGACACACACAGAGGACACACAGGACACAAACACACAAGAUACACACACACACACACUGGACACACACACACUGACACACACACACUCUGGACACACACACACUGACACACACACACUCUGGACACACACACUGGGCACACUCUCACACACACACAAACGCGUCUUCCUAUAAUUGUGAGGACCUUGACUCAGGAACUUCAAAUGAUUUUUCUGAUAGAAUUGGGAACAGACACCUCAUUCCAGCACCAAGUGGUCCCACAAACACAGAGGUGUAAAUAUAACAGGAAUACAAAUAUUAUUCCAGACAUUAUAGACUAGAACUCCUUAUGAAUGUCUGCAGCCGAUGAGACUGUUGGCGUCUGACAAGAGGUGAAAAUAUUACAGGAAUAUUCUGCAAAUGUUGAUGAAGACGUCACUCAAUCCCUCCAAAACAUCAUGCAGUCUUUCCACAAGACUCCCAUGAAGUUAUAGUGUGACGUUAUGAGUUAACGUUAAAGUAACAUUCUCAGAACAUACUGCACUUGUUUUAUACUGUUUUAGAUGGAUCCUCUGUUUAUCAUCUUGUUUUAUACUGUUUUAGAUGGAUCCUCUGUUUAUCAUCUUGUUUUAUACUGUUUUAGAUGGAUCCUCUGUUUAUCCUCUUGUUUUAUACUGUUUUAGAUGGAUCCUCUGUUUAUCAUCUUGUUUUAUACUGUUUUAGAUGGAUCCUCUGUUUAUCAUCUUGUUUUAAACUGUUUUAGAUGGAUCCUCUGUUUAAACAUUUAAACUCUUACAAUAUCACCGUUAAAAUACCAAUGUGAUCAUUUGUUGUAUGUUUUUUUAUGUUGAAAAACAAAUACAAUUAUACAUGGACAUAUGCUCCAUAGUUGUACAAGUAUAUAAGGAUAUAUUGUACUUUUUGUAAUAAAACGUACUUAAAACAAGAAAAA